AUGCUUGAAGAGCUUCAAGCCUUAGACGCAGGACAACCUGAAACAGCACAGAUUGACACUCGUCCAGUUCGUUUUUCAAAGGGAGAUGUAGUCGCCCUAAAACACUACUGGAAACGUUAUUUGGAGCCCUUUUUCCUUGCUAUUCUUCAGGAGGACCUUCAUUGCAGUAAUGGUGGCAUCCUUGAGCGUACCAUGCGUAUUAACUGGCUUGAGCCGUCAGAGGAACGUAUCAAGAAAAACGGAUCAGCUGAAAGUUGAGCAGGCUUUGUUUAACGAUUAACAAUGACCGUAUAUGGCUACUUUGGAACAAUGGCGGAAACAGCUUUAAAAUACACGCGGGAUUUUUCAAAUUUCCGAUUAUCAUACGAGCGGCAGAUUUAAACCAUCGGCAAAACUGAUGAUACGACAAAUCCUCCCCGUGGGGGUGAUUAUGGUAGAUUUUUUAGGAGAUAAAUAGUCACGGUGGGGUGGAUGGUGGGGCGACUGUAGCUUUCGUAUCUGAAGUAAAGAAAUGUCACCGUUUUUUCCUUUACAUUGCUUAAAACUGGCGAAAGAUAUAUUCAAUUAGAGGCUCACUGUGCGAUACAAAAGUGCUGAGAGCAUGUGUAACCGGUAUUAACGUCCGAAGCCUACCACGCCGUUGAAUUAUGUAGAAGACUUUCGUCAUUUGCUCGAUUGUUUAAUGUGCGGGUAUUUAAAUUUCGCGCUGCGUGAAUGAGAUUUUGUUCCUGAUGUGCACAGAAAGGUUCAUAUUCUCCUUCCUCUAGCGUAUGAUUUAAAACCUGGUAAUAACGUUCGAAGCCUCGCGCGUCGUUAAUUCAUGUAGUUUUACGGGUAUCUUUCUCUUUCCGUAUUUCAAUUCAACGAAAGGAGUUAAAAAAACAAUGGCGAGUGGAAAUAGUCGCACACGCUCGUCAAUUUCUCCCAUUCGACUCGACUGUUCAAUCCGAGUAUAUUUAAAUUUCGCGCUUCGUGAGCAAGAAAAACUGAAUAAUCUCCUUCCACAAUUUUUUUGUGUUUACACAAACCGACAUCAAAUUGAUACCUAUUCAUCCUUUUGUGUGAGAGCAGGAGGUGAGAUUUUUUUCGCAUAGUCAUGUUCUGCUAGUUUCUUCCUUUUUUUUUUUUUGCUCAACAGGUUACGUCUAUUCAAUCACAUCACUGAUGCUGUCAGAUUAAUCUACCAAAUUUUAGGGCAAUCCAAUUUCGCGCUAUGAAAGUUAUCCUAUUUUCUUAGUUUGCAUAAAGCGCUGCGCAAUCGCCUCCCAUAAUUUGCUUACCGUAGCGUAAAUGCAUAAGCCCAGCAAAAACUUAACACGCGAAGAAAAAGGGAAUAUUUGGGAAAACUGUUGAUAGCUUUAUAAUUUUCAUAAAGACUGUUUGAAUCCGUCGUAAAACUAUGUAAGCUCAAGCAAGACCUGCUUUUUUUUUCUCCGAAAGAGAAUAUAGAACAAACGAAAAACAAAAAAUUCGUAACUUCUCCAUUGUGAGACUUGUGAGUAAAAUAUCACACUCUCGUCUUGCCGCGCGUUUGACUGAAAACGAGAAUAACUCAAAAUAGAUGUCCUCUCAAAAACUAGAGAUAAUUUCCUCGAUCAGUACAUCUUGUGUCAUCAACAUCGUUGCAAGAAUUCUGUGCUUUUGUAAAACAGGAAUCCUCUUCUUAGGUCGACUUGUUGGUUCCAGAAAGUAAGUGCUUCGCUAGAAAACAGCUGUGCGUCAGCGCCUGCCCUCUACGAAAAUUUGGAGAAGCUUUUGACAGCUCCUUACUUUUAACAAAGAUUGUUAAAAUCCGCUGUAAAAAUCUGAUAGUUUUUAAUGAGAGAGAAUUACUUUUAAACAGGACCUGCUUUUUUUGCAAAAGAUAAAUAAAAAAAACUCGCACCUUCUUCAUUGUGAGACUUGUGAGAGAAAAAAAAAACACACCCUCAUCUUGCCACGCGUUUGAUUGAAAACGAAAAUAACUCAAAUACAUGCUCUCGCAAAAACUAGAAAUCAUUGCUUUGAUCAGUAUAUCUUGUGUCAUCAACAUAGUUACAUGAAUUCGGCGCCUUUGCAAAGAAGGAUCCUCGUGUCAGGUAAACAUGCUGGUUCUAAAAACGAUGAGCGCCUCGUUUGAUAACAGCUGUGCGCCAGAAACAAGGUUUUUAAUGAAGAAAAAGUUUUUUGAAGAGAAGAAGAAAGGAGAUUUGAAUGGAGCAUUUUGAUGAAAGGAAAAAUAACCCAACGUCCGUCAUCGCAGACGGACGCAAACAGUCCCUUUACAAUCGCACUAAACAACCCUAGAACGUAUGUCUCACAAUGAAAACUUUAUUAAUAGAUUGGUUGGAGUGACAUAGUCCUCAAAAUUUCAAGCCUAGCAAGUGCAGCUUAUGGUCACGGCCAUUUCAGCCCAAUUUUUUUAGCGAAAACACAAUGAUUUUACUGCCUCUACACUAAGGAAAGAAGUUUCUAUAUCUGGAUCUCACCAGCCCUGGUGUGUGCUUGGUCUACCACAGCAUGGAGCCCCAGUCUCUAAGGGGUUUGUUUAACUAUAACGCAUCAGGCAAUAUUGCCUAAGAACACCUGUUUAACCAGACUUUAAACGCUGUACGCACACAGACAAUGUUGAUAAUCACUUCUAGUGCAUGGGCAGCCGUUCAAAUCUUUAUUAUUUUAUCUUUAUAUUAUUUUAUAAACUGAUUGUAGAAAAUAAGAUAAAGAAUCAUACAAGGAAAAUCAACACGUUUCAGAAAAUUAUGGAUGACAGAAAGAAAACAUAUUUCUUUCCAGUCUCAUUAACAUAGAUUAACUAUAUACACACUGUAAUCAAUUUAAUAAAAUUCAUCGAGCUAAGGAGUACGAAGUGCAAAAUUUUCCUCUUUAUCUAUGUUUGUGUGAGUCUCAAAACCAUUUUCGCUGGACUUGCCUUUAAUUCUUAUUAAAGUCUCUCGUUUCUUCUCUCAAAUUCACCUGCAUUGUGUUUGUUUGACAGGAAUUACCAAAGACGAUCUAUAAUUAUAAUGCCUUUGCACCUAACGUGACGUGCGACACUUUCAAGGAAUUAAUAAUGACAUUUUAUUGUCCAAGACACGUUACUCCAGUCAAUCCGUACUAAUCUAAAUUCUUCACCGCGUAUUAUUCUACCAAUUUAGCUUUUUGUGCAAAGAGCCCAAACAGGAAGUGGGAAGUUCAUUUCUAAUAUUAAUUUUCAUCUUGGCUUGAAACCAACAGUUUCUAUCGUAACCAUAGCUACCAGACUAACAAAAGAAAACGCGUUUGGCUAAAUAAGUCUAGUGUUGGGCACCAAAGAACGUUGGAUCUUGAAAGGUAGGAGAUGACUGUACUUAAUGCAUGAUAAACUUGAGUUUGACUUUCACCCCAUGAUAAGAUUUGAUAUUCAGCCUUAACUCCUAUUUCUGUGUAGUUGAAAUAAAACGAAAAUGAAAUUUACCGAGUUUCCAAAUGUGGGUAUCACAAACACUUGGCGAGAAAAUAUCUCCAGCUGCUUGAAAGAAACAAGAUCAUUAUCCUUAAAUUUUAUUUUCGUGAACAAAACAUUUACUAUGUUAAAUAAUAGGGAUUUUUUAAUCCAAAAGGUUUUGGUUUAAAAACGUACAACUUAACGUCUAAGUAUUUGCUUUUCCUAGCGUUUUUCGCCGUCAAUUGGACCUAAAAGAAUUAAUCGAAAUUUUUACAAUGUUGGUCAAAGGACUAAUUUCGGUGUCUAAUACGUAUGUUAACAUGUGAAGAUAUUCCUAAGAGACCCACAUCUCUCCAUCGAGCGAAGCGGAUAACAUCCAUUUGCGCCAUUUGCAUUAAUUUCCACAUGGAACUGACAGCUGCAAGCAUUUUUUUAAAAAUUUUUUUUCAUAAAAAGGUUUUCUUCAUAACGACAGGUCGAUUUGGGAAGCUUAAUCCAUUGCUUGGAGCUAGCGAUCAACUUAAAACUUGUGUCAUACGCGCGUGGUAUAAACAGAAAACCUGGACUGCAUUGUUGACUAACUUCACUUUUGGAAAAGGUGAGUCGCAGACGGCGAAUCAUUUUUUUAUCCUUCGAUUCACUUAUGAGUACAACUUCAUUUAUAUAUCUCUCCUAUUCUAUUUUACUGAUACAAAAAGAAUUAAAGUUACAACAACUAGCAACGACUAAGUCAAAAUCCGACAUUCAACAUCUACCCAUGAUUGGAACUCAUUUUUGAAAAAUUAAAGGGUAUUUAACGAAAGUUUUUUUAGCGUUUCUUAUUCAGAAAAUUGGAUUUUAGAUGCAAAAUGACUAAAAACUUCGGCAAAUACGAAUUACUUCAUUUAAAAUAGUUACAUUCCCAUCUCUCCUCUCUCAAUAACAUUUAAGCUGACACUAUGUUAUGUUCAAUUUUCCCGCGUUUUACUAGGCGGAAAUUUGAUCUUUCUGCAUCGUACGGAAGCACAUUUUAACCGCUCUCAAUCGUAUCUGAAAAAUUAUUUUUACAAGAGAACAGUACUGACAUAUGGCAAAGAAUAGUUGCAAUUUUUUGUUGUAUAUUCGUCCAUAAACAUAGCUUAUCUAUCAAAAGUUAAAAUCGCGUAUUGUGCAAGUUUAAGAGAAAGUUAUUAGCACAAACAUGUUCAAUGAUUAGUUUAAAGGUACUCACCUCAAUAGAAGGUGGCAUCUGUCGACCGUUAAAUUGCCGAUUAUUUCGAUAUUUCUGGUUUGGGAAAUAUAGAGUUUGACAUUUUUUAAUCUAAGUUUACUAUUUCCGGGAAAAAGUCGAAUUGUCCAAUGUAUACUGAAUUUAUUCAUACAUCACCCCAUGUAUGAAUCUGUUGCGUGAUGCCAGAAAAAAGAUGGCUUGUCUCAAUUGAAAUUAGCAUAAAUUUCCUCUUUCUAUGAUAAUCGGUCUAAAUAACCAAAGGCGAUCGUGUAAACUCAAGUAGGAAAAAUCUGAAUUUUCAAGGACUUGUAUAAUGAAGGAAGAGAAAAAGGUUUAUAAAGAAGAAUAAAGUUUUUUUUAUGACUUAUCGAUCAUGAAAUAGAAAAGGAACUUGAGAAAAAUUUGCGUAUAGCUUUUAUUAAUGGCUUUUGUUCUCUUCCCUAAAAUAAUAUCGAAAAUGCUCUCUACAAAAGACAAGUGAUGCUUGAUGCUACCAAUUUUUGUUCUUGUUUCAACUUUUUUUUUUUUUUUUACCGUUUUUGGGAGGGAGAGGGCUGGAGCUAUUUAUCUAGGGCGUUUUUAUACAAAAAGUUAGGAAUUUAAAAUAUAACAGCGGUAACAGCGACAUCAACAAAAAAAAUUAAAAACUUUACUCAAAUUUGUCUUGUCCCAAGCAUUUUAUGUGUUAACCUCCUUUAUCUCAGCUGAAAUCAUGAGGAAAUAUCUGAGCGCGGAAUUGAGACAUAAAAUUAUCCUAAAUUCCUGUUAUCAGAUAGGCAAAAAUCCGCAAAUGAAGGCAGUAUUAAUUUUCCUCCAUUUUCCCUGGGCUGAUUAAGUUACGCGGAAAUUAUAAUUUUUCUUUUUUUUUUCUUUUUUUUUUUUACAAGACAGCACACCAAAAGUAUAGGUUAUAAGGAAAAAAGGAUCUAGCAACCGUUUCCUCAUGGACUCCUGUCCUUAAAAAGACCGUAAAAAAUGAAAUAGAAGAAGGCACGAAUAAAAUUUAUUGGAUGUCUUACCACCUUGAUGUACUACGAGCCUGCUGCUUAAUGUUCCUACAUGAUUUUAAAAACCUAAAUGCCGUAAUGUUUCCGUGAUGGCUAAAAAAUUCCAAGGAUUCUGUUAUCGAUUAUAAAACGACGAUGUAAUGCCACUUUCUGAGAGGCCUUGAGUUGUUUUCCUUCAUCGGAAGCAGUAUUGCUAUGGUUGUCAGCGUUUAAGUUCCCGAACUGAUUAUUUCAUGAAUACUUUAGUAAAAACCAUGCAAAUCCUAAUUUACCCUUCGUUAAGUGUAAGAUGAAAAGUUCAGGAUGAAGACAAGUUUCACCCAAAAUAUUCUGUAUUUCUAGUCUUGUAUUUCCUUGAUUGUUAAUUCCAUAUUAUACAUAUGCACGUACUUACUUCGUUUCAAGGCGCCAAUAAAACACAUUUAACGAAAGAUGAGUCGUAAUCGAUAGAAAAUAAGUCCACAGGAGCUUUACUCGAACAGUUUGGUCUCUACGUAAUUGCAAAAAAUAGCACGAUUUAAUUUAUCGCCUGCCUAAAUAAAGUACUCUCUACGUCGUUGAAAACGCGAAUGAGACCAGUCGACAGUUAAAAGACAACUAUCUGAUAACAACUCGAAUGGUAAACAGGGCCUUAAGAGCGACGCUGAAUAAGUUCCCUGAAAAAUGCAAGCCUCUUUAACUUAGGCAAAACCCCAUCUCUUGAAGCUUUUUUUGAAACAAUUUCACCCUUCUUUACUGGAACUUUUUCUUGAAUUUAUGUUCAGUUCUUCGCCUCAGAUACAAAACAAAUAGGUAACGACUGUUGAAAAAAGUUCGUCUAUGCAUAAGUUCUAAAGAUUGUUUGACAGUUUUCAAAUUAAACCAUCCGUGCAUUAAGACUAAUACAAUUGCAUGUGUAAGCAAUAGAGACUUAAUGACUAGAAAUGUGAAUCACACAAUUUUUCCGACGUUUUACUAAGCUGUUUUUCAGUGGCAUAUCACACCUAAUGAGAACUUAAACAAUUUCAAGUGUAACUUGAAUUCAAAGUUCGAGCAACUUGCGCCGAAGAAUUAGACAAGCUGGAAAAAUAUAGGAGAUGAUUUAUUAAUGAAGUCAUUUGGUGUCUUAUAGAAAGACAUAAACAGCUUCUGGUAUCUGUCUUGUCUGUCAUCUUGAACAAAACAUUUACUAUGUUAAAUAAUGGGCGAAAAUGUACUGUUUAUUCUGGUAAAAGUGCGCCUAAAAUAUGUUUUAAAACUCCUACGGAGUGCGUGAAGCCGGCUAAAUGUUUCAUCGUACACAAAUUGUCGGGAUGAUUUUUUUUGGAUUUUUUGAAAACAGCUGUGCGCCAGAAACAAGGUCUUCAAUCGCCUCGAGGCUCUCCACAAAAAACCGUCACUUUCGAUUACAUUUAACAUCAGUAGUAAGACCAAAAAAUAUAUUUGUACGUUGAAAAAACUGACUGGUAAAAACCAGGCGACUUGACUUACAUAUAGAGAGAGGUGGUUUAAAUGAGUCACUGCAAUACGGAUAAAUUUAAUUGUUUCUGAAUUUGCGAACCUUUGGCUCAAUGCGCUAAACGAGGGUCAAGUCUACCCCUGGGUACACCGAUGGAGAUUGAUUUUACUAGUUCAUAUUUACACUACCCACUCCCCCAGUGCAGCAAAAUUGCCACUCCGAUAAUUUUCUCGAUCAGUUACAAGCUUUUCCGCCUCCCUUCGGUCAAAGUCCCUCAGGACUACCAAUUACUCAGGACUUUUGUUUGGAAAAGUUGACCCGGAACAAUGGGCCAUUUCUUGAUACGAAGAUGCACUAUUAUACACUGUAGGCAAUGAAGACAACAACAACCCACCUCAGUGUAUUUUAGAUAUUGUAACGGUGGUUCAGGAUGGUGAGAAAUUCAUUCUAUGCCGAAACGAGGAGCAACGCCUAAAAAACUUGGCUAACGGCUCUGACGAGGCCGAUUAUGAUAGCAGUAGUGAGGACGACAGUGAUGGCGACAAAAGUGAAGACGAUGAUGACCAACCGACUCGUUUCGAAGCUGGACGCAGUAGAUCUGGCAGGAGGGUGACACGAUUUGUGCUUUAA